AAUAUGCACUUCUGCCGAGCGACAUCUGUUCCAGCGACACAAACGGGGGUUUUAGCCGCUGGGGGGUUAGCUUAACUCGCGGAAGGGGUUCAGUCAGCCUGCCUCGCGCAGAAUGGAGGGGCAACGCCGCCGUCGCCGCGCCGUUGUUUGCUGUACGUGCCGCCGCACAGGGAGACGUCAUUUUGAGGGGGAGCGGAGAGUUAAAAUGCAGAGUUACGAGGGGACGUACGGUUCAUAGACAAGCGGCACGUAGCCGUCACAGUCGAAAUGCAAAGCUUCGCCCGUCUCGGACGACGGAGUUCCCCCCAGCGUUGGCCAGGUUGCCGAACGCGAAACGGCGCUUCUUGCUUUAGCUGUAAUGGCUACCGCCGAGCCGAGACCGUCUUUAGCUCGGUGGUUUUCGAUCAAACGACUCGUUAUUUGGGUCUGCUUCGAGGCGAUGACGGCAGCCAAUGCUACGUCGGGACAUAAGAAGUCCUGCUUAUUCAACGAGGAGGGGCAGAUGGCGGCGUGGUGUGGACAUGAAGGCUGCAGCGGAGUAGACGGAUUCCCCGGACUUGUAGCUAAACUGCGGGUUUCUAGCACCCCCCACCCCUCUCCCCCCCCCCUCACCUCACCUCGCUGCGCGGGGAGAAGCCCCCCAUGAUAAUAAUUAUAAUAAUUAUAUUAAACACACCACUUGGCCUUUUAACAGCCAGUCCUGAGCAGUCCCUACAUGUGCUGUGCUGGUACCGUUUGGACCAGCCGAACCGUCCCCGUAGUUAGAAAACAAACGUCACAGGUGUGAGGUAGGAACCUCCUGAGGAAACGUUUAAUGGGUCAAGCUAAGACGAACUUUUAUGAGAAAAGCCUGCUGAAGAAGAGGCUUCCCAACCCUAGGACACUGUCUUUUGCAUGGCGGUGGCAGUAUCAUGCUGUGGGGCUGUCACGCUGAACAAAAUGUCGCACGAAUGCUGCCACCCGCUCUAGUGUUCGGUGGUCAGAGCGAUGGCAAACACGAACGAGGUGACCGUGUCUGUGGGGGACAUGGUGAUGGUGAAGACCGAGGAGGAAGGGGAUUCGGACGACCCCAAUAAAACCCAGGUCAUCCUGCAGCUCCAGCCUAUCAGCACUGGAGACGAGUCGGCGGAGACCGACGCAGCUGUUAUGGCUGUUGAAGCUCAGUCGGAGCCAGCGGAGGGGGAGGAGGUUGAAAUCGGCUGUCCGAUAACAUGCGGCGACUGCAAGGCCGUGUUGCUGGUGAAAAAAUUUGUGUGCCCUGGAAUCAACGUAAAAUGUGUAAAGUACGAGGACCAGCUGAUCAGUCCAAAGCAGUUUGUGCACCUGUCUGGGAAAGCCACGCUGAAAGACUGGAAGAGAGCCAUCAGGAUGGGGGGGGUCAUGUUGAGGAAAAUGAUGGAUUCGGGUCAACUGGACUUCUAUCAGCACAGCACGCUGUGUACCAACACGUGCCGCAGUACCAAGUUUGACCUAUUGAUCAACAACACUCGCUUCCCCCCGGACAGCAGCGGCCUCACCACGCCCACGUCCUCUCAGGUUCAGGCGGUCCUGGGGAACGGCGGAACGGCGGCCGAGGACCGCACCGACAUCCUGGGCAGGAAGUUGGACUGGAGCUCUAUGGAGUCCGGAGACAAGAAGGGAUCCAGUGAGAUCUCAGAGGACACGCUGAAUUUCUGGAAGGGCAUUGCUGACGUGGGCUUACUGGGGGAAGUGGUGACCAACAUCAACACGGAGCUGGUGCAGUUACUGGACGGCGUGCUGCAGCACAGAGACCCGGCCGCCUUACAGGACACAGAUUCCUGUCUGGUAGAGGUGGCUGUGCUCAGUAACCUUGCCCAAGUCUUCGGCCUGCUGGACUCGGUCAAGAAGAUCCUGGAGAAGAGGAAACAGCAGACGGAUCCCAGCCAGGAGCAGAUCCUCAGCACCCUCGCCAACCUGGAAGCUCUGUUGGAAGAACAGAAGAAGCAGCAGCAAGUGCGAGCCCUUCUCUCCUCCCCUCAGACGGCCAAAAACAAGACGACCGCCAAGCGGCCAACCAAGCGGCCCCGCCUCCAGAGGCCCGCCUCCACCACCACCCUCCUGACGUCCCCCAUCAGCCAGCAGGCCACCCUGCAGCCCCAGCAGUUCACCGUCCUGUCCCCCAUCUCCCUGUCCUCGGUGGGGCAGCCGUUCACCGUGGCCGGGCUGCCCAUCGCCUCCCUGGCCCAGUCCUCCAACACGGUCACCCUGCUCCCCGCCGGCUCCCAGCUCUUCACCCGCUACAUGGUCGCCGGGGACGGAAAGGGAGAGGCCAUCACCCUGCACCCUUCCUCGGGGCUCACGCUGGUGGGCACCGCUGCCGUGCAGGACUCCAGCCAGCUGGGGACGAUGAUGAGCCCCGUGGAGCUGGUGCACCUGAGCCAGCAUGCCGGCGGUGCGGAGAUGGUCCCCAUCGAAGGCCAGGUGGUGGACGGCACCAUGCUGGUGCAGCAGGAGGUGAUGCAGGGGGAGAUGGAGGCCGGCCAGGAGCACACGGUCAUCGAGAUCAACCCGUCCCCCGUAGAGCAAACGGUGGGGAUGAUGGAGCUGCAGCUGUCCGAGGAGGCUGGCAGGGACGCGGCUGCCAUGGUGGUCCAGGGGGGGAUUGAGGUAACCAUGGCGUCGGAGGCGGAGGACACGCAGUGCCAAAUGCAGAAGGCGCAGACUGAGGGGGUUCAGGGGCUGCACCUGGACGCCAGCGGACAGCUAUCACGCGUGCAGAUCGUGGUGAUCGAGGAAAAUACUCAGGAUGAAAACAAGGCCAAAUGAGGCCGGCACGGGUCCUCUCCAUCAGCGCAGCAGGCCGCCCCCCCACCCCACCCCCACCCUACUGCUGUGUGUUUGGAACAAUCUGCAACAGGUUUUCAUUUCACAAGGAAGGAGCUGAAUGUCUGGUUUAGUUCAGCAUCUAAACGAUAGUCUGCUUCAUCACAACUUGGUUCUUCUGCUUGUAGUUUUGGCCAGGGCAGAGACCAUCUAACAGACGGCUGAGUCCCACCUGGCAGAGACGCUCACAGAGGGGCCCCCAACUCUCCGGCUAAUACUGCUUGGGACGGUCAUGUCAAAAAAAACCUUACUGGUUUAUUGGAAGUGAGUAAAGAGAAGGUAGAAAAGCUCAGAUUUUUAAAGCGGAACAAUUGGGUGUAAGGAUCUGCUGCGUGUAGAGGCAGAGAGGCAACGAUGAGCGGAGCAGCAGCGUAACUCCAUCAAGUUGUAGUGAUGCCGUCUUCUGCUAAUAAGGCGUCCGCUGACCUUCAGUCACCGGUCUGGCCGCCUGACGGCUACCGCUGCGCUUCUGAAGCAGCUCCAGCUACACGUCCAGAUCAGACCGUUCCCUCUGGACGCCUCUCUGGCUCUGCACCGUUUCAUCGGUGCGCUGUCGUUUGGCGAACUAUUCCAAAUUUAUUUCUGAUUACGCAAAACGUCGAAAACUAAUAGAAGCACAAAGUUGUACCGAAUCAGUUUGUUUUCCUUCAAGAAACAGAGAAAAGCGGUGUCUGUAAAUGUGGAUUCCGCGCACGGGGCUGGAUGCACCUGCCUCGUCUCUCCAUGGGACUCAUUACCAAGAAAGUGUUGCUGUUGAUGAACCGCCUCGUGUCCUGUGGCCUUUUCAGCCAGGUUCUUGUUUUUGCACUGUUUGGCGUCCUGCGAGGACUUCUGGACGGCGUAGACGUCUCCUCAGAAUGCGGCCCUUCAGCUGGGCACCCCCCCCAAGUGUUUUAUUUUUUAUUUUUAUUUUUUUAGGCACAGAUUGAUCUGCUCACUCGGCCUGCAGUGGUCUCCUCGCCCAAUCCUCCGUUUUCUCCCAGUAUGAUCAGUUGUCUGAGCUCACUGACUGACUGACAGGCUGGGAACUGAAGGAACGAACAUGCCCGAUGUCUGGUUUGCCUGUAAAUUCCUGAUAUAUUUAUUAGUUUUGAAGCUUGAUGUGCAGAUGUGGGUGAAUUAAUUUAAUUUCUUUGCUACAGCUUGCACCAACAAAGACCUGUUCGAUAGUUUAAUUUAAAAAAAAGAAAGCAUUUGCAUACUGAAUUUGUAAUGUGUUUUAAUAUCAGAUUAAAGGAAAGAGACAAGCUAAA